GCAAAUCUACGGCUUCAAGACUUUUAUUAGGAAAAAGAACAUUUACAAAUUUGAAGAAAUAUUGUGGUUUAAUGAGUAUUUAAACGGCAGUAGUGGGGGAAAUACAUCGACAACCUAUCAAGGAGUUUUAAAACAAAACAUCAAGGAGGAAGAGUAAGUAGACAAGAAACACGAGUAAGAAACAGCUACAUGUGAAGCGCAGACAAGAACCCGGGCGCUGUCGUAGACGAGAGGCAGAAAAUGGACGACUUCUCGGCCUGCCUGGAAGAAGUUUCCUCAAUGAAUGAGAUGGCCUAAAAAGCUUUGGGGGCUGCGCAAGAGUGCGAGGAGCUGCCAUGGACCUCCUGGACCUCAGUGGCACACGACACUUCCAAGAGAGAGAGUUCGACAGGAAAGUCGACUACCGAGCGGAGCAGCGGGAGUAUUUGCGAGGACGCAACAACGUGACUUCGUGCCGAAGCCCCCCCAGAGAGCUCAACACCAGACAGAUCAAGAGGCAGCUGAAGGAAAAGAGGCAGUCGGAGUUUCUGAGGAGGAGGUCGGUGAGCCCGGAGCCCCGCAGCUCCAGGUGCAUCAUCUGCUCCACGGAUCUGGAUGAUCUUUCAGAGUCGCAGCUACACAGACUGUAUAAGUCAAGGAGUAAAUGCGGGAAACUGCUCACAACAACGCAGACGUUCUCCUCUGCUGAUGGACAUCAAGAGAUGAUUGUAACGCCAGACAGCAGAAGAAGUGAUCAUCCAAGCACCAACAAUUGGGCUUUACUUUGGUCAGAACCGACAACAGUGAAGAAACAGGACAAAGGUCAGGAAAGGAAACAUAAAUCUACCUCCACAACAGAAUCCAGCCAGCGCUGGAUAAAAACUCAGAACACGAGCAGCAAAACAUUGACUCAGACCGCAACGAUUCACCAGAAAUCACCUGCGCAGACGGAAAGAAAGAGUCUUCAGGAAAUCAGUGUGCAAACAGAGUCUGGGUUUGUCACAAUCAAAGAGUCGGAUGUUCAGAGAUUGUCAGACUACUUGCAGGAAGCCCUGUGGAGAGAGGAGACCGUGAAGAAGAAGCUGGCAGUCCUGACAGAGAUCUCCACCAACCUUGUGAACUCGUCAGAUGUGUUAUGGACGUCUCGCUGCAGUGAAGACCUGCUGAGAAACAAGAUCAAGGUUCUGGAGGCGCAGCUGCAAGUCUGCCUGCAGAAGUUUCCCAAAGAUGGAGUGAAGAAACUGAUGAUACAGAUGGAGAAGCAGAGGGGAACGUACGAGGAGAAGGCCUUGGUUGCUCUGCAGAAGGCCACACAGGAGAAAGCUGACGCGCUCUGCCAGGCUGAGACACUGCAGGAAGCACUUAUUACAGCCCAAGCAGAGGCGCUGAAGUGGCAGAGCCUUUACAAGGAGCUGGUGCUGAGCUCUGGACAGCUGAGGGAGAACCAGCACCUCAGCAACGACCAGCUGCAGCAGCUGCACAGUGAAGUCCAGCUGUCCAGAGCCAGAGAGGGGCAGCUGAGGGGGGAGGUGGCAUCGCUGAGACAGGAAAAGCAGGAGCUUCAGUACAACAUCUGCCUGCUGGAGGAGGAUAACCAGAAUUUAAGAGAAGAAAUCCAGAACCUCAGAGAUGGCGGCGACGAGAGCCAGAACUUCUUUAUUCAGGAGCGUCUCACGUCGGACCGCCAGGAACCAGAACUGACCGCCAGGACGGACUCUGAGAUAGAGGAGCAGCUUCGGCUCAGUCAGGAGAAACUUCAGCUUAAAGAGAAACAGUGUGAGGAGCUGCAGAUGGAGCUGCACGCUAUGGAGCAGGAGUGUCAGUCCAGCCAGGCCAGGCUGUCGCAGUGCAGAGACGAACUCCGGCAGCUCAGCCACCGCCCCAGGAGACCAACGCUGUGUGCUUCCUGGUGGAGGGUUUGUCUCUUCCUCCUCCUGCUCCUCGCUGUGGCGGGGGUUGCCAUGUUGUGGUCGUGGCAUCCACCUUUCAGGGAGCAAGUGGAAGUCCUGUGCGCAGACAUGGAGACAAGGAUAGAAGACUAUCUCAUGACGAUGGCCUCUCCUCAACACUCCGGCUGUUUUAGACCAAUGUAGUGAUAUAGUGUUUUAAGAUUGUUGCCGUUUUCUACUGUUGUAGAUUUUGUUUUAGCUUAAAAACUUUUAGUAUGAAUGUUUCGUGGUUCACGUGGUAGUUUUUUCAGACUUGGAACUCAAGAGUUUGUGUUGUGUGUUGAAAAUGUGGAGGAUGUGCCAUACUGUGUGCGUUUAAAAUUGAUCUAAAGCUGUUUACAGCUCACAAGCAAGGCGUUUAAAGAAACUGUGAGUCUACACGAGAUUAGAGCCAGAACAGGGAGCAUCUUUUGUACUGUAAAGGGACUGUGUUGCCAGAAGCCUCAAAAAAAUAAAACACAUUAAUUUAAA